AAAUCUACCCCGCGUACUUUUUGCGUGUAGCAGUAGGACUCCAAUUUUUUUUUUCUUCUGGAUAUCCCACUAUAAAAGUGGCCUCUAUUUCCUUAAUCAGCGAGCGUGUCUCACGAUACAAAACCCUAACCUCUCUCAAUUCCCAAUAUUCCCCAGAUUCUGAAUCUAUCUAUCUAUCUAUCUAUCUAUCUGAAGCUGCUUUAGAAUUAAUCAAGCAUUCAAUCAUUUACACGAUCAAUCGACAACAAUUAUAUCAUCGGCUUUUUUUUAUGUUUGAUGAUUGUAUGAAGACCUUCAACAUGGUAGGCGAAGCAGAGAUUUUAUGUCAACAAACCAUCUCCGUUCAGUAUCUUUGCUCCCCCAAACCCAUCGACAAAGGUUUCUUCGAUGCCCUUACGCCGUCGCCCUCUCAGAUGUCCCGUGAAGGCCGUGCUUCCGAGCCUUUGUCCGGCGAAGUCUCGCGUUCUGAAUCGGUUGUUAGCUGCUCAACUAGUAUUCCAACUGCAGUCAUUGAGACGACCAACACAAAGUUUGUUCCAAGCAUUCGCUCUGGUAGCCACACGGACACUGGACCUCGAAGAUGCAAUGAAGAUGAACACAUUAGAGUUGAUGAUCUAUCGGCCCACUUGGGUUCACAAUACAAGUGGCCUCAUCCAAGUGCCUUUUAUGCUGUUUUUGAUGGUCAUGGAGGCUCUGACGCAGCAGCUUAUGUCAAGAACAAUGCUAUGAGAUUGUUCUUUGAAGAUGCCGAUUUGCCACAAACAUCUGAUAUUGAUGAAGCUUUCUUGGAACAUUUGGAGAAUUCUCAUCGCAAAGCAUUUUUACUUGCUGACCACGCCAUGGCUAAUGAUUGCAGUAUUCCCACCUCUUGUGGAACAACAGCACUGACUGCCCUUGUACUUGGCAAGCAUCUACUGGUGGCAAAUGCUGGUGAUUGUCGUGCAGUUCUUUGUAGGAAAGGAGUUGCGCUGCAGAUGUCUCAAGAUCAUAGGCCUACUUAUUUACCAGAAAGAACAAGGGUGGAAGAGUUAGGCGGUUCCAUCGAGUAUGGGUACCUUAAUGGUGAACUUGCAGUCACCCGUGCCCUUGGGGACUGGUAUAUGAAGCUUCCCAUUGGGUCUUCAUCACCUCUCACUGCAGAGCCAGAUGUUCAACAAAUAAUGUUAACGGAGGAUGAUGAAUUCCUGAUCAUUGGUUGCGAUGGUAUAUGGGAUGUUAUGUCAAAUCAGGAAGCAGUCUGCCUUGUUCGGCAUGAGCUAAGGCAACAUGAUGAUCCACGGCAGUGUGCCAAAGAACUAGUUAAUCAGGCAUUGUGCCUUCAAACCGACGAUAACCUCACUGCCAUUGUUGUGUGCUUCACUUCCCCUGUUUGUCGAGAUUCAGUUCCUUCGCAGAGGCCAAGGUUGAGGUGCUUCAGUCUGUCUGAGGCGGCCCAGAACAAGUUGCGAAGCUUACUAGAAGGCAACUAAAUGCGAAAUCAUAUUAAUUUUUUGGCCAAGAAAAUGUACAAUUGCAGAGUGUAUAUAUUCAAAUUAUUUUAAUGAAAGGAUUGUUUCUGUUUAUGGCUGCUGCUUCAGAUUAGUGAGAAAAAGCAGCCAGCAGUUUUGUUGUAAUAUUGGUUGCUUUCAAUGGCGAUUAGAUUCAUUGAGGUAGCCCGUUUUACAGUUACUUUAAUGUUGUUAUGUGAAUGUGAUAUAUAAAUAACACAUCUCAGUUC